UUUAUUUCGCAAGCGACAAAAUGAAUGAAUAGUCCUGGACCUUUUUGCCCUUCACUCUGUUUGCGCGUCUGCCAUUUGCCUGUAGCCUAAACCGGUGCUUCGCCGUUCUAUUGCGUCAGACUUCUCCAGCAUCAUCAUCAGACUCCUGUUCAAUCUUCAGCAUCAGAGAUCUUUCCAAUCAUCUUCUGCUCUUUGCAUCGGACUUCUAUUCGAACUUUAGCAUCUGUUCUUUUCUUUUAAUCUUGGUGACUGGAUUGGUUUUGGGUAGACGGAGAAGUUGGGGCCAGCAACAAUUGUCGUCUGUAGCUUCUGAUUCUAAUCACUGUUGAGUUGGAGCUCAAAAGUUGCAUAUAUUCAAGUCGUGAAGACCAAGUUUUGUAAACUCCUAGAGACAGAGGUAUGGGAGUUUAGGGAUUGUAUUCCAAGGGUAUCUGUUAAUCAGUAAAGAGCUCCAGGCUUUGAUUGGAAGCACUGACUGAGAGUUUGGAGAGUGUUUUGGCAGCCAUGGCUGCAACCAAGACUAGGACGAGUAGCUUCUCUCGCAGUUUUUCGGGUGCAAGCUCGCCUCAAAUCCCAGGACUCAAGCAUGGACCCAAUGGCACAAUGUUUGUUUCAUCUGGGAUUCCAGACCUUGACAAAAUUUUAGGUGGUGGUUUUGCUCUAGGAAGCCUAGUAAUGGUGAUGGAAGAUGCAGAAGCACCUCAUCAUAUGCUUUUACUUAGGAAUUUCAUGUCUCAAGGACUCGUUCACAACCAACCCCUUCUCUAUGCAAGCCCAGCCAAGGACCCAAGACAGUUUCUUGGUACUUUGCCUAGUCCAGCGGUACCCAAAGAUGAAAAGUCUAGUCAUCGAGACCCUGAUCAGGAGAAAGGGUUGAGGAUAGCUUGGCAAUACAAGAAGUAUUUUGGUGAAAAUCAGCAGGGUUUUGAUAGUCAAAAUGGGAAACAUGAGUUCAGCAACAACUUCGACUUGCGGAAGCCCUUGGAGAGGCAGUUUCUUACAGGCAAGCGAAUAGAUUGUGCUAGCAUUCUUGAUUCUCCAAAUCUUGUCACACUUUAUGAUCGUUGUGCUACAUUUUUAUCACAAUUUCCAAGAAGUGACAGCAACAUUUCUUGUGUUGGUCGUAUUGCUAUUCAAUCAUUCUGUGCUCCACAGUGUGGAUAUUCCAGCCUGGAAUGGGACAUGCUUUCCUUCCUUAGAUCUCUAAAAAGCAUGCUACGAUCUUCAAAUGCAGUUGCUGUUGUGACAUUUCCACCUAGUCUUCUUUCAUCAUCCUCCUCUACAAGAUGGCAGCACAUGGCAGACACCUUGCUGUCAGUUAAAGCAAUUCCAGAUGAGGACAAGGAAUUGGCAACACUCCUUACUGGUUACCAGGACAUGGUUGGCCUUCUUAAUGUGCAGAAAAUAGCGCAAAUUAACACACAGGUUCCUGUCAUUCUUGAUGCAACAACUUUCUCAAUAAAGCUGCAAAAGCGGAGGUUUUUGGUUUUAGAAUGUCUAAACCAGGCCCCUAUCGAUGGUUCUAGUGGGAGUUCAUAUGGCACUUCUGGUAGUUGUUCUGGGUCCUCUAAAACUGGAUAUCUUGAUUUUUAGUUCCUGACACUGUCAUAGUGGAGAAAUUCAGUCUUUAGAGUUAAAUCUAAAAGUCAGCCAUCGCUGCAGAUAACUUCAUUUGAUCAUUUCUGUUUGUACCAGAUACUAGUUUUCAGUUCUUAAUUUUUGUUUUU